AUGGACGAAGGACAAGAGAGGCUGGGCUUCAAGCCAGCGCCGUCUCCAUGGAAUAAUAUACGGUCACAAGUGUUUUACUCCGUUGCUAGAGCCAACUGGUCAUAUGGCCUUCCGCAAGCUUCAUACGGUGAUCUGGAAGCAUCUGCGCCAUUCUCGGAUCCUGAAGCCAGUGGCAAAUUUGAAGGAGGCUUCUGUGUGUGCAUGAUAGUUCGGUACCUGGAGUCUCCUGUUGGACCGUAUGACGAACUCCUGUGGGCCCCGGGAGUGUUCCAAGACCCUCGCCAUGAUAAGCCAGUAAAGAGAUACAGAAUUACCAGGAUAUAUGUAUCUUCACUAGACUCGGUUUACAACGGCCGAAAGAAUUGGAAUAUACCAAAGACCCUGGCCAAUUUCGAAUUCGUUCCGUCCGAUUCCCACUAUCCGCCAUACCGCCAGAUCAAGGUCUCACUACCCGACAGUCCAGACCAACCAUUCGUUUCCUUGGAUUUACAGCCAAUCCCAUUGAUAUCUAGACCCCUCUUUCCUAUUUCCACGAGCUAUAUUCCGAUGAAUCUCGAGACUGUGAUGCCACCAAUACCCGAGUCUAAUGACUGGCGGGAGAAUGGAUUGGUAGGCAGCGAGAAUAAUGAAUGGAGAUCUAUAAAAGUGCAACGCUAUGACAACCUUCAACCUUGGCGGGUCUGCUUGCCAAAGAGAUGA